AUGGACCAGAGGAAAGGAGACGCCAGAAUCUACGUCGUGACAGGGCUCUUCUUCUCCUUCAUAAUCUCCGGCGGCGUCUUCCUCUGCCUCUACAUCGUCCUCCCAGCAACUCAAUCACACGAAUGGUAUCCCAUCGUAGGUUUGGUUCUCGUCUCCAUUCCCUGGGCUUUUUGGUUCUUCACCUUCGUCUAUCGAUGUUUCAAAUUCAAUAUUAAUAACCAACAGCCACCUCCUCCGAUCAACAACACCAGCAGCCGCCGCUCCUCCAGGGGCGGCGGAAGCACCCGUGAGCCGACCACGGCGGCGACCACAACAGCCAACACGUCAGCCUCUGACUCCCCAACCGAUAAUGGUGGCGGCUGUAGUGGUGGUAACGAUCAUCGGAGGGUGCAGUUUGGGCCGGUUGUCGUGUUGGGAGCUGAUCAGAGUGGUGAUAAUCAUCAUCAUCGUCAAGGCCAUGGUGGUGAUGAAGCAGUGGAAAAUGAACGUUGUGAUAUUAAUAAUGAUGAUGAAGAGAGUAAGAAUAGUAAUGACGAAAGCGAAAUUCCUUUGAGAUUAUCAGUUUCGUAG